GUUCAUGAAUAUACACAACGCUCAAGGGACUCAUGAAAUGUCAUUUCAUUUAAAAAAUGAAAUUGAGCAUAUGUGCAAGCAAGGUUCACACACCCCUUUAAUCUUCACAUCACCACGAGGUAGUCACUAUUAUUAUCCCAAUUUUACAAGAUUAAAACACGGACGUUGGGAGGUUGACAGGGUUACCCCGAAUCACACUGAGGAGCUGGGCUCCCCACCCCCGCUCAAGUGUCCCUGUCCCCAGGAGACGCGGACCGUGGCAGCAGCCCCUCGGGCCUGUAGGUGGAGCACUUGGCGAAGGUUUAGCCAGCUGCGGGAACUGCGAGCUUUCAGCGGGAGCCGAGACGGUGCGGGGCCCGAGAAACACCUUCCCUCCCAUCCUGCGCCCCGAUGCUACGCGUCCUGUGCCUCCCGCGCCCCUGGAGGCCCCUUUGGGCCCGCGGCUGCGCUUCCGACGGGGCGGCCGGGGGCCCCGAGAUCCAAGUGCGCGCUCUGGCGGGUCCCGACCGAGGAAUCACUGAGAUUCUCAUGAACAGACCUCGUGCCCGUAAUGCCUUGGGAAACGUCUUCGUCAGUGAGCUGCUGGAAGCCCUGGCCCAGCUGCGGGAGGACCGGCAAGUACGUGUCCUCCUCUUCAGAAGUGGAGUGAAGGGUGUAUUCUGUGCAGGUGCAGACCUGAAGGAGCGGGAACAGAUGAGUGAAGCAGAGGUGGGUGUGUUUGUCCAGCGACUCCGGGGCCUGAUGAAUGACAUCGCCUUCCCUGCACCCACCAUUGCGGCUAUGGAUGGGUUUGCCUUGGGCGGAGGCCUGGAGCUUGCCCUGGCCUGUGACCUCCGAGUGGCAGCUUCCUCGGCUGUCUUGGGACUGAUUGAGACUACUCGAGGGCUCCUCCCGGGGGCAGGAGGGACUCAGAGGCUGCCACGCUGCCUGGGGGUGGCCCUGGCGAAGGAGCUCAUCUUCACCGGUCGACGACUGAGUGGAACGCAGGCCCAUGGACUAGGGCUGGUGAAUCACACUGUGGCCCAGAAUGAGGAGGGUGACGCUGCCUACCACCGGGCACGAGCACUGGCCCAGGAGAUCCUGCCCCAGACAGCUGAAGUGAGUAACUGUAUACAAGUCCCUACAGGCCGCAGCUCUAAGAGCAUGCACACCAGCACUUUGCCAGUUUUUGCCAAAUUGCCCUCCCGAGGCAUACUCAUUUACUUUCCUAUCAGUAAUGUAUGUUAAUGCUGGUUUCUCCAGUCUUGGCAAUAGUGGGCAUAUUGAUACUUUAGUAUUUGCUGGUCUGAGGUGAAAGGGCACACACAGUACCUCAGUUGAUUUGCCUUUCAAAAGUGAAGCUGCUGGACAUCCUUCAUGUUCAUACUUUUCUGGUGAACAACCUUUACAUACUCUCUGUAAAUGGUUUAAAAGUUACUUUAUACCAACUUUUUUGUAAGUCAAGGAAGUUCAUCUGUCAUAAGCAUUGCAAUUCUUUUUCCCCCGUGGUGGUUUUUGAGACAAAGUCUCGCUCUGUCGCCCAGGCUGAAGUGC